AUGGCUUUAAAACCUAUUAAACUUUAUACUGCACCCACCCCCAAUGGAUACAAAAUCAGUAUUUUUUUAGAGGUCUUGGGUUUGGACUAUGAAGUACAAAAAUUUGAUCUUUCCAAGAAUGAAACCAAGGAAGACUGGUUUGUUAAGCUCAACCCAAAUGGUCGUAUUCCCACUAUAAAUGAUCCAAAUUUCAAAGGAGUCGAAGGCGGAUUGGUUUUGAGUCAAACUGGUGCAAUAUUACAGUACCUCGCAGACACUUAUGAUAAAGAACACAAGUUUAGCUAUCCAGCAGGCACUGCUGAAUACUACAAGACUUUGGAGUACUUGAUAUUCCAAGUGGCAGAAAAUGGUCCUAUCCAAGGACAGGCUAAUCAUUUUGUCUUUGCUGCCAAGGAAAAAGUGCCAUAUGGUAUCAAUAGAUACAUUACAGAUACAAAGAGAAUAUAUGGUGUCUACGAAGACAUUUUGAGCAGAAACAAGGCCAAUGAUUCUAAAUACUUGGUUGGUGACAGAUACACCGUUGCUGAUUUUGCUUUACUAGGCUGGGCAUACCGUUUGUCCAGGUUGGAAAUCGAUAUCAAUCAAUGGCCCUUGUUAGGCAAAUGGUAUGAUUCAUUAUUGAAGUUACCUGCUGUUCAGAAAGGGUUCGAAGUUCCUCCAAAGAACUAA